AAAUCAGGAAAAUCAAAUUUCAGCAUCCUCGUCUCUUCACCGGGUGAAAUCUCUCCAUUGGCUCUCUCUCUCUCCCUCUCCCUCUCUGCAGCACUUUCGCUUGAAGAAGACGAAACAAUCUCUCUCUCGUCUCUCUAUCUCUUUCCACCUCGUAGGAGAGAGAGAGAGAGAGAGAGCACAAUGCCUUUUGUGUCUCCGACCAUGUGAGCUUCUACUGACGAUUUCUCUCCAUCUUCUUCGCCGGUUUUCAGAAGUUUUGCUUGAUUCUUCUUCUCCUCCUACUCCUCCUUUGAUCGGCGAGAGAAUUCUCGAGUUCAACGAGUUGACUGAGUUCCGGUAGACGGAUGGCCUCAUCGUCAUCCAGGGCGAGAAGCAGUUCACCGUUCUCGCACCGGAGACCGCCGAGCCCCUACUCGUCGGCAUCUUCGUCUUCUUCGCAUUACACGAGCAACCGUCUCAUUCCGCGCUCGUGCUCUACCUCUGCUUCUUCGUUCUUAACCUCCGGUGGCGGAAUCGCAUCCCGAUCUAUGACGCCUAGUCAUAGUCGCUCCAACUCGGCGUACCUCGGCGCUGGGGGCAGCGGAGAUCCAUCAGCUCUCCCUUACCCGUCGGACGAGCUGCUUGGCGAGCCUAUGGAGACUACUAGUUCUGAGCGCGAUAGCAUUUCCGUCACUGUUCGGUUUCGGCCAAUGAGUGAAAGAGAGUAUCAAAGAGGAGAUGAGGCUGUUUGGUAUCCUGAUGGGGAUAAGACUGUCAGGCACGAACACAAUCCAGUCACAGCUUAUGCAUUUGAUAAAGUUUUUGGACCACAAGCAACCACUCCAGAGGUAUAUGAGGUAGCUGCAAAACCUGUAGUCAAGGCAGCUAUGGAAGGUGUAAAUGGAACUGUUUUUGCUUAUGGUGUUACAAGCAGUGGAAAAACACAUACAAUGCAUGGAGAUCAAAACUCUCCUGGGAUCAUACCAUUGGCAAUAAAGGAUGUAUUCAGCCUUAUCCAAGAUACUCCAGGAAGAGAGUUCCUCCUCCGUGUUUCGUAUCUUGAAAUAUAUAAUGAGGUUAUAAAUGAUUUGCUUGAUCCAACCGGCCAAAAUUUACGUGUGAGAGAGGAUUCUCAGGGCACUUAUGUUGAGGGUAUCAAGGAGGAAGUUGUUUUAUCUCCUGGACAUGCGUUAUCUUUCAUUGCAGCUGGGGAAGAGCAUCGCCAUGUUGGUUCAAAUAACUUCAAUCUGUUGAGCAGCAGAAGUCACACUAUAUUUACGAUGAUGAUUGAAAGCAGUGCUCAUGGAGAUGAAUAUGACGGGGUUAUUUUUUCUCAGCUUAAUUUGAUUGACUUAGCUGGAUCCGAAAGUUCCAAAACUGAAACAACUGGGCUGAGGAGAAAGGAGGGUUCGUACAUCAACAAAAGUCUUCUAACUCUUGGAACUGUGAUUGGAAAAUUGAGUGAGGGCAAGGCAACUCACAUUCCAUAUCGCGACUCUAAGCUUACACGUCUUCUGCAAUCUUCAUUGAGCGGACAUGGGCAUGUGUCGCUCAUAUGUACAGUUACUCCCGCUUCAAGCAGUAUGGAAGAAACUCAUAAUACAUUGAAGUUUGCCAGUAGGGCAAAGAGGGUGGAAAUUUAUGCUUCACGUAAUAAGAUUGUAGAUGAAAAAUCAUUGAUAAAGAAAUAUCAGAGAGAAAUCUCAAGUCUCAAACUAGAACUUGAUCAGCUAAGAAGUGGUAUGCUGGCUGGGGUCAGUCAUGAAGAGAUAAUGGUCUUAAGGCAGCAGUUGGAGGAAGGUCAAGUGAAAAUGCAGUCAAGAUUAGAGGAAGAAGAAGAAGCCAAAGCAGCUCUGAUGAGCAGAAUCCAAAAGCUUACGAAACUUAUACUUGUCUCCACCAAGAAUUCUUUUCCUGGAUGUUCGGGCGAGGUACCCAGUCACCAGCGCAGUCAUUCUGCCGGUAAAGAUGAUAAGUUAGAUUCUCUGCUAUUGGAUAAUGAAAAUAGUGCAUCUCCAUCAACGGCCUUGGCUCUUCCAUCGGAUGCUUCUUUUGAUCAUAAAUCCCGGCAAUCUUCCAGCACUUUGAAUGAAGAAUACUAUCCAGUUGGUUCUGGUAAAGCAUUAGCUAAAGGUGGCAUUACAUCUGAUGAAAUGGACCUCCUAGUUGAGCAGGUUAAGAUGCUCGCGGGUGAGAUAGCAUUCAGCACGAGCACACUAAAGCGAUUGGUGGAUCAGUCUGUAAAUGAUCCUGAAAAUUCACAAACCCAAAUCCAGAACUUGGAACGAGAGAUCCAAGAAAAACAAAGACAAAUGAGGGUCUUGGAACAGCGCACAAUUGAAAGUGGUGAAGCUUCAAUUGCUAGUGCAACACUGGUUGAGAUGCAACAGAAAGUUCUGGCAUUGAUGACCCAGUGCAAUGAGAAGAGCUUUGAGCUGGAGAUCAACUCUGCAGAUAAUCACAUUCUCCAGGAUCAACUACAGAAAAAGUGUGCUGAGAACGAUGAAUUGCAAGAGAAGGUUAACCUUCUAGAGCAACGGUUAAGUGUACUAUCCAGUGAGAAAUCCUCACCAUCAUCUUCUGGAAACGCUGUAUCUGAUGAGUAUGUAGACGAGCUGAGAAAGAAAAUACAGACUCAGGAGAUUGAGAACGAGAAAUUGAAGAUAGAGCAUGUACAGCUUGUGGAGGAGAACAGUGGGUUACGAGUGCGAAACCAAAAACUAGCAGAAGAAGCUUCAUAUGCUAAGGAACUGGCUUCUGCUGCUGCUGUUGAGCUGAAGAAUUUGGCCAGUGAAGUAACAAAGCUUUCGCUGCUAAAUUCAAAGCUAGAAAAAGAAGUAGCAGCUGCUAGAGAGCUGGCUCACUCACGAAACACUGUUAAUGUUGCAAACCGCAAGCAUAACGAUGGAACGAGACCUGGGAGAAAGGCAAGGCUGUCGGGUCGGUCCACUGAAAUAAAUGGACUGGUUGGAGAUGACUUUAACUCGUGGAACCUCGAUCCAGAAGAUAUGAAAGUUGAGUUGCAGGCGAGAAAACAACGGGAGGCAGCCCUUGAGACUGCAUUGGCGGAGAAAGAGUUAAUAGAAGAUGAGUAUAAGAAAAAGGUGGAAGAAGCAAAGAGAAGAGAGGAGGUUCUGGAAAAUGAUUUGGCUAACAUGUGGGUACUUGUUGCCAAGUUGAAGAAAGAUGGUGGUGCCUUGCCAGAGCUGAAUACUGAUGAGAGACAGCCGAACGGUAUAGACCCAGUUAAAGAAGCUAAGGCCAAAGAAUUAGAGAACAGUUAUAGCAACAUGGUCUUGAAAGAGAGACCAGUGUCAGAUGCAUCCGGAGAAGUUGUAGUCAAGACCAACGAGGCACCGAAAGAGGACCCCCUUGUUGCUCGUUUAAAGGCACGGAUGCAAGAGAUGAAGGAGAAAGAGCUCAAAUCCCAUGGAAAUGGGGAAGCAAACUCUCAUAUCUGUAAAGUCUGUUUUGAGUCGCCGACUGCAGCGAUUCUACUCCCAUGCCGGCAUUUCUGCCUUUGUAAAUCUUGUUCACUCGCGUGUUCCGAGUGCCCGGUUUGCCGCACGAAGAUAUCAGAUCGGUUGGUCACAUUCCCGGCUUAAGCACUCAAUCAUUGCCCUCUUCAACUAAAGGUGAUUUCUCUGUCUGAAACUAUUUUGGAAUCUGGAUCUUAGCAAUCACUGUUUUAUCCAAUUACGUAAAGAGAGAAUUUCAAAGAAGCGUCUUGAGAAGUGAACGAUCAUGGAACUGCUGCAGGGUGACGUACUGUGGUAUGGUCAGCCUGUUGCUAUUUUCCGUACGGGCAGAUUCGUUAUUCUUUUCAUUACUUGUUUCGGCAUUUGUAUGUAUUUUGUUGUCUUGUUAUUAAAAUUCCAAAGGGGAAAAAGAAGUAUAUAUAUAUAUAUA